UUAUAGUCAUGAUGGCUACCCAGCCCCUAAAUUAGAGACGUGAGAGGCAAGUUUUUGUUGGAAAGGACCGAUAUAAAAAAAACUUCGACACACCCUGGUGUCAUCCGUAACUGUUUUGCCACUGCUGGUACUGGUGUGUGGAACGUGUUUCAAGUUUUGUUGCUCAACACGUGCAUUUGUCAGGACUGCAUUUGUCUCUGGAAACGGAAGUUUGAUCUUUUUCCACAUUUGACUGCAUGUGCCUGAGAGUCUGACCCUGCAUAUCUUCAAUGGCUGCCGUGUGCUCCACCUCUGUGCCUGAGGGUUUCCACUAUGAGACUAAGUACAUUGUCCUCAACUACCUGGGCCUCCUGCCCCCCUCCCAGCUACUGUCCACUGCUGGCGGAGGAGAUGACCAGUAUGCUGUGGACAGAGCGAUGGAGAGAGAGCGGAACAGAGUGAUGAAAGGACAGAUAGAGGAAGAGCUAAGGCAACUGGAAGAUGAGAUCUCAGCCUACUUCUCCAGUACAGGCUUCGACUGCCACAUGUCUCCGGUGUUCAGCCCUGCCAACCCAGAGAGCUCCAUCGAGGACUGCCUUGCUGCUCUGGGCGACCGGGUGGCCAGAGACCUGGACACACACCUGACCUCCACUGUACACACACUCCUCAGUGCCCCUUUGGACUACGAGCGUUUCAGAAAAGCAGCACAAGACGUCUCCUGCCACACGCAGAGCGGCUGGACCAAGGUGCUGGUGCCUUUAGUGCUGCUGCAGGCCCUACAGGGAGAAGGACAGAUCCUGGCCACCCUCCUUCCUCUGGGGGUCAAUUUCCUGGAGGAGUCUGAGGCAGACUACAUCAUCCGGCAGGGAGGAUGGGGUACAGUGUUUAGCCUGGAGGAAGAGGAGCAGCAGGGCUUGAUCAUAGCCGAGGACAGCAACGACAUCUAUAUCCUGUCUGGAGAGCAGCUUCCCACAUCGCUGCUGGGCACCAGAGAUAGCAGUGAGCUGGGCAGCUGGCAGACAGAAAGCUUACGUGUGUCUCUGGCAGGCCACGAGUCCUGGGCACAGGUGGGCAUGAUGGACCAUCCCGAAGACAUCAAGAGCCUGGAAAGCAACGAGGGCAACCUCUCAGAGGAGCGCAGCGAGAACAACUCUUCCAACUCUGACAUCGUGCAUGUAGAGCGAGAGGACACAGAGGAGGGUGAGGGCGGGGCAGAGGCGCCUGAGCUGCAGGAGAUAAUGCUGAGCGUACUGGGGACGGAGAGUGAACUGGCCAAGCUGAGGGCGGAGUUUAGGGAUGACACCCCGCCUCCUGUCCCAGCAGCCCCAGAGCCUGUGGUGGGAUGUCUGGAGGAGCCGGUCGUCAUCGAGACCCCUGCUCCCCUGUCGGCGGUCCCGUCAGAGCCAGAACCGCGUGCCCCAUCCACUGUUCCCAUGUCAGAGUCCAAAUCCCCUGCACUAGCCCCUGUGGUUGAGCCUGCCCCUGUUGUUGAGGCAGCACCCGCCAAGAUGCCCCCUACUCCCCAACCAGCAGAGCAAGUCCCAAUACCAGUCGCAGCAGCACCACCCCAGCCAGAGCCCGUUCCAGAGGAGCCCCAGCCUGAACCUCAGUCAGAGACCGUGCUGGAGCUGGCAGCAGCUCCUGUCCUGGAGGCACCCCCAGCCCCUGUGGAGACCCCUGUGGCCCCAGCUGAGGAGGUCCCAGUGCAAAUGGAACCAAAGCCCAAGUUGGAGCUUCCAGUGCUGCUUUACGGUGGAGCUGCCCUGGUGGCCCUAGCUGCCGUAGUGGCCUGGGUAGUCCUGACCCACCGGAAAAGGUAGCCUAGCGGUGCUCCUGACCUGGGCCCCAGACCUCACCACCUCCCUGGUCCCUGCCUAGCUCACUGCAGGUAACCUGCUGCGCUGCCAAUGCCAGGUGCACACACCAUGGCAAAAUGAACUCUUAUUUUCUCUCCAUUUUUAUUUUCCUCCGUUCUCAUCUCAUCUGGCGUUUUGAUAUGUUUGUCUUCAGUUGUACAUUGAGGUGAUGGGUCAGCGACAGCAAACUGGAAAGGACAUAUUUUACAUUUUUAUCUUGGUUUCUCUAUUGUGUGUUUUCUGGGGGUGUGGUUCUGUCCUGUGCCAUCUUGAUGCACGUGAACGAUACAAGCAGGGUGUCUGUUACCCUCUCGGCUGGCUCUUCGGUAACUCUUUGUCCUCAGAGCCUAGUGGGUGUAGCUCAAGUCAUAAUUGCCAGUUCUGUUGCAAAAAAGGGGUAGAGGAAAGGGCACCUAUUCCAAUAGAUUUUUCUAUCUGGAAUGAUUAGAAAAAAAGUAUGUUCUGACUACCUUUUGUCCUCUGAAAAACAAUCCUGUCUUCAAGAGCAGGUUGAGGAUGAGAUGAAUGUGGUUAUGUAGAAUUUAUUUUUAUGGCAGUUAAACAGAUCAUGAUUAGACUCAUUUUUGUUAUUAUAAUUGUAUGUGAUGUUGGGAUAUAAGAUUCACUACUGGAGACCCUGACAUACCUGUAAAAUAACUAUCUGCAGAUUUAAAAGGGACAAAAUUCUUCAUAAAUAGCACUUCAUUGAGAUGAUAAAUAUCACACUAAAAUGUGAAGUAGAUAUAUUUAUGAACUACUCCCCCACUAUAUUAAUGGCUGAUUGCCAGUCACUUACUACAUCAACUGAUGAUAAAUGUAUUAUUUCGUAAAUGAUUCGGGCCGAUUUUUGGGGGGGGGGAAUUAGGGAUUCCACUUUAAGAUGUGAAUGGGAUGCCUUGACUCAAGGGUAUAUAUUUUCACAUGAAUAUAAUAUUAUCACUGUACCUAAUUUAAUUCAUUUGGCUAACACAUAUUUUGACACAGGAGUCUUCUCUUUUAUAUACCGUAAUUUCCGGACUAUAAGCCGCUACUUUAUUCCCACACUUUGAACCUCGCGGUUUAUACAAUGACGCGGCUAAUUUAUGGAUUUUUCCCGCUUUCACAAGAUUUAUGCCGCCAAAGAACUGAGCACUGUCACAUAAUGUGAUGUAAAUCGAGCGCGCUCAAACUUCCCAUCAUUCUGAUUACGGUAGUCAUUUUGUCACCCUCAUCAUUGCAAAGACACGGAGAAAUGCAUAUGAUGCAGCUUUCAAGUUGAAGGCGAUCGAUCUGGCUGUUGGAAAAGGAAAUGGAGCUGCUGCACGGGAGCUUGGCCUUAAUGAGUCGAUGAUAAGACGUUGGAAACAGCAGCGUGAGGAACUGACUCAGUGCAAAAAGACAACAACCGCUUUCAGAGGGAAGAAAAGCAGAUGGCCCAAAGUAUUUGCAGCCACUCGACAUCAGUGUAAAUUGUGCAUUUAAGGUGGCGCUCCUUGUUCAGUGGGAGGCUUGGAUGACAAGUGGGGAGAAAUCCUUCACUAAAACGGGCCGCAGGCGAAGAGCAUCUUAUGGUCAAGUCUGCCAGUGGGUCCUGACAGCGUGGAGCAUUGUCAAAAAAUCCACUAUCAUCAACGGGUUUCGAAAGGCUGGACUGCUGCGUGUUGAAGGGGCAGCAUGAGCUCAGCGGGGUAUUUGCCUCUGGAUGAAAUUGACUAGAGCGACAAUGAAAACGAUCCAACAUCGGAUGAAGCAAUUCUGAGGCUAUUCAACUCCGACACCGAAGGAGAUGGCUUCAGUGGUUUCAGUGCACAGGAGGAGGAAGAUAGUGACUAAUGACUUUCUUGGUAGGCCACUGUUUAAUUUUUGUUACAAGCCGUGUUUCGUUUAAAGGCUGUGUAAAGGUCAUUUGUUUCAAUGUACCGGUAGGCACCUGCGGCUUAUAGACAUGUGCGGCUUAUUUAUGUACAAAAUACAUAUUUGUUAAUAAUUCAGUUAAUUAUAUUCAGGUGCGCUUAAUAGUCCAGCAAUUACGGUAGUGUUGUAAUGUAUGGUCAUAUUGCAGUAUUAUAAUAAUUGCAAAGAAAUAGAUCUUUUUAAUAGUGUCAUAAAAAGGGACGAGCUGAGGAUAAAGAUUACCGCAGCUAACAGCCAGAUUGGGAUACACCAUUGCGUUUUAUAACUUGCCAUCUCUUUGGUUUUGAGGGGACUGUGAUGGGUGAAUGUGUUAUUCAACAUUCCAGGCAUGAAGAUGCAUCCAUGAAAAUAGAUGUAUAGAUCUGUCAUUGUGUGUGUGAGAAUGUCAACCACUCCUAAAGCCAGUUUAACCAUGAUGGCACCAUGGUCAAUACUGGUCCAGGCACUGUGUUCUGACGACAGGGAAUGGAGGGUUGGGAAGGACUGCACCAAGAUCCACUUUGUCUCUGUUUGUUUGGUGAAUUUCAUACUCGUAUGUUCAACUCAAAAGGUUUAAGAUUGAAAUAUUAAACAUGAAAGAUAUAGUCCGUCUACUUGAUUUAAUCUAUCUAUCAGAGGGAGAAAUGUUUUGUCUUGAAUCAAUUUAUUCUCUCAUUCCCAACUCAAAUGUGUAUUUAAGAAAUAGGGCACGAGGGGGUGUGGUAUAUAGCCAAUAUAUCACGGCUAAGGGCUGUUCUUGGGCGCGAAGCAACACGUCAUGCCUGGAUACAGCCCUUAGCUGUGGUAUAUUGGCCAUAUACCACAAACCCUGAGGUUCUUUAUUCUAUUAUAAACUAGUUACCAUUGUAAAAUUGGUUUAAAAAAAAUAAAGAUGAAAGCUGUUUUGUCAUACCCAUGGUAUACGGUCUAACAUACCACGGCUGUCAGCCAAUCAGCAUUCAGGGCUCGACCCACCUAGUUUAUAAUGGUAAAUAAACUCACAUGGACUGUUUUUCUUCCUCUACAUGGUUCGCUGUUUGUCCCCUCUGCUGGCCCAAACUGCCCCCCCGGCACUGCCUUGCCAUUCCGCUGUAACCCUACCUUUCUACAGUCGAGACUUCUAAACAAAGCUUAACAGCUGUGUCUGCUGGCUUCUUCCCACUACUAGCAAAGCUUCCACUCAGGCUUGAGAAAUGGAAGUCUGUCCACAACUUGAAGAGUAGGAACAACACACAUGCCAGCCCUGCCACAGACAAUCAACAGAGCUAAUGAAACCUCAUAUCUUCCUCUGUUUGUUGUGUAUAAUGUGAAUCCAAAAUAAAAAUCUGCGCUGUUG